CAUCGAUCAUCAUCAUCAUCACGAUCAUCACCGCAACGAUCGUCGCAAGAAUCGACAACAACCAGACGAACAACCAAGAAAUUGGAAACGACAAGAAGAGGAUCAACCGACAAUCUUUCCCACGCCAGCCAUGCCGACGACAAGAUCAGCUUCCCGCUCACGUAGCACCAUCUCGCCAUCAAACUCGAUCGUCUCUUCCCCCUCGCAAUCGACGUCAGCAUCGGUAACAGCAUCAGCAUCGGCGUCUACUUCCACUCCUAUCCGACUAUCCACCCCGACUCCGGUUCAUAUGCAGAACAUGUUCACCCCACCCCACCCCCAGUCUCAUUUGCAACAGGGUUCCAACCCGUCCACCCCGACCCCUUCCCGAUCGACGAGAUCCACCUCGAAACUCCGGGAAUCACAAACACACCCCAACUCUCAUCCUCAUCCUAACUCGGCAGAAGGUUCUCCCUCGGUAAACCUGGACUUGCACGUUCAUCCGAUGAGCACCCGACAUCAUCCCGUCCCCGCGCCCGUGGAUAAUUUGAAUGUCAACGGGACGCCUUUGAGGAGAUCAGCUAGGAGUCGGAGUGCGAGCGCUACGCCCAUCUCCGGCUUGGGUGUGGGUGUUGGUGUGGGGUCGCCGGCUGUAGGAUCGAUUGCGGCUUCAGGUUCAGGAUCACAACUACAAUUAUCGCAACAUGGCUCGAUUCAAACGCCCAAGAAGAAGACCGGCAUGGAAGUCGAAGUAGAGAUCCUAACUCCUACUCCGACCCGCAAGUCGAAAUCGACACCGACGCCUCGAUCGAGGUUAAAUUCCUCCACACCGACAUCGACACCCAACAAAUCCAUCCCCGGGUCUGGACCCAAGUCGAGCAGGUCGGAUUCGAUAUCCAGGGUGGGCAAGUCGGAUUCGAUGAUCACGGACGACAUGCUCGGCCCCGAUCCCGAGGUGGGACAGGCUAUCGAGGUCUCUUCUGACGACGACGACGAGAACGAGAACGAGGAAGAUGAUGAGGAACACGCUGGAGCUAGUCAGGAAAGCUCUCGGAGCGGGGGUAGGGGUAGAGGUAGGGAAGUCCGACAGGUUGGGAAUGCCGCACAUUUGACGGCAGCCGGGUUGGGGGAAGAGGUCGUUGCGGCGCAUACUAGAAGCCAUGACCACGAUCACGACGAGCAGGAAGAUCAGGAUGACCAGGAAGAUCAGGAUGAACAGGAAGAUCAGGACGAACAGGAAGAUGAGCAGGAGGAAGCUACACCUCGAGCUGGAUCGAGGAGUUUGCCAGUUGUUGUCGAGGAGGCCGAGGAAGAGGAAGAGGAGGAAGGGGAGGCGGAUGAAGGCUCGUCUUCCGGUGAAGAUGAUGAUGAGAAAGAGGAGAACAGCUCAAGCGAUGAUGAUAGUGAUGACGAGAGUGAUGACGAGAGUGAGGAAGAAGAGGAAGAGGAUGAAGAUGAAGAGGAAAUCGACCCGGAACUUCUCCUCGCUCGCGCUCUUCAAUCCGCUCAGGCCAAGAAGUCGGCCGUACCCUCCUCUGGGUCCGAGACGACACCCGUGACGGAGGAGAAGGGUCAGUUGGAUGGCGAGGAAGAGGAUGUUUGGGUUUUGGAUCCCGAGGCCAAGGAGCGGGAGGAGAAGAGGAAACGCGAAAGACCGAUCCCGGGGCUCGAACUGCCCAAGACGGAUAUCCCCCUACAUAACCUAUCUCUGGGCCCGCACGAUCGACUCGGCAAGAAACGGCUCGAACGUGAACGGCUGCGUCGAGCCGAGCAGGAAGGGGUUGAGGCUGAAGGUGUUGCUGCGAAGGGGAAAGACAGCAAGGGCAAGGGCAAGGGGAAGAUGACGGUCGAAGAGGCUGUCAAGCGUGGAGUCGAGGUGGACGAUGCCGAGUACGAGAAGCAGUUGAGCAGGAAAGAAAAGCUCGCGCUUCCUCCUCGCAAGACCGCCUCUCAAGCCUGGUCGGCGAUGCCUACGAUUCCCUCGGCGCUGUUACCCCAGAUGAAACGGGAUUACCAGGCCAUGCAUCUGAGGGACUCGUUGGACCCCAAGAGAUUCAUGAAGGGCAAGACCAAGUCGACCGUGCCCGAACAGUUUGCCAUCGGAACGCUCGUCGCCCCACCUCGACACUUGCAAUCCACCACCCUCACCCGAGAACGACGUUACAACCCGGGCGACAUCGUCCAGAGCAUCGUCGCGGACCAAGAGCUCGGAGGGUACGCCAAGAGGAAAUUCGACGAUUUCGCUGGGAAGCGGAUGGAACACGGACGAGGGAAGGGGUGGAAGAAGAGGAAGGGGGUGGAUUGGAAGUAGGCAGGCUCGGACGUGCUGGGCAGCGAGAGGGGGGUUUGCAAUUUGUUCGUCGAUUGCGUUGUGGAUGGGUGGUCCCUCGACUCUGAAGUCUGCUUCGGCUCGAGUAGAGGGAAACGUCAGACGGAACGCUGACCGUGUUUCACGCUCUUUUCCUUCUUCACUACAACGGGGUCUGAAACAGGUAAUAAUCGGGCAUUAUGAAGCCAUGCUGAUUACAUACAGGCGACGGUGCACAUCGUGCAAAACAGCUGAUAUACAGGUUUUCUUUACUGAUUACUGACGUGAAUCUGGCGACCGGCUCUCGCACUGCAUGACUGACCCUUAUAAUUCUGAACGCGUGAGAAAGCGACGCGUAUCUCCAAAGU